GCUCCAACACAUCACCGUCUGGCUGUUUACGUGUAGAGACGAAGCCACCGCUCUGCGGACACUUUCAUUAACUUCUUCCACAAGCUCAUUCAUUUCGAAAAAAGUGUUCGCCCAUCACGGAACGGAGGAGCGGCUCUACGUUUUUUUCCUCCUUGGGAUCAGAGAAACGUUUCUAAUUCUGAACAAUAGUGAACAGCUUUUCAUUGUGGAAAUAUUGCCGUAGACAGUGAAUAUUUCGUGAUUUUCGGGUCGAAAUUUCCCGUUCGUUUUUCCUUCGGGAAGUGAAAUCGUAAAGAAAAAGAAGAAGUACACUCACAAGAUGGGAAUUAAAUUUUUGGAAAUUAUAAAACCGUUCUGCAGUAUCCUGCCGGAAAUUGCAAAACCGGAACGAAAGAUUCAAUUUCGAGAGAAGGUACUAUGGACGGCCAUUACUCUGUUCAUUUUCCUGGUCUGCUGUCAGAUUCCACUGUUCGGUAUCAUGAGUUCGGACUCAGCGGAUCCCUUCUACUGGAUACGUGUCAUCCUGGCUUCCAAUCGAGGCACACUGAUGGAGCUCGGAAUUUCGCCGAUUGUAACAUCUGGUUUGAUCAUGCAACUUCUGGCCGGAGCAAAAAUAAUUGAGGUUGGUGAUACCCCAAAGGAUCGGGCUUUGUUCAAUGGGGCACAAAAACUGUUCGGCAUGGUCAUUACUAUCGGUCAAGCUAUCGUGUACGUUAUGACCGGAAUGUACGGUGAUCCAGCGGAGAUUGGGGCCGGUGUAUGUCUACUGAUCAUCAUUCAGUUGUUCGUUGCUGGAUUGAUAGUACUUCUGUUGGAUGAACUGUUGCAAAAAGGUUACGGUCUUGGCUCGGGAAUUUCGCUAUUUAUUGCAACCAACAUCUGUGAAACGAUUGUGUGGAAGGCUUUUUCACCAGCUACGGUUAACACGGGUCGCGGUACUGAGUUCGAAGGUGCUGUUAUUGCUCUCUUCCAUUUGUUGGCCACUCGGCAGGACAAGGUUCGAGGACUUCGCGAGGCGUUCUAUCGUCAGAAUCUUCCGAAUUUGAUGAAUCUGUUGGCGACGGUUCUAGUCUUUGCGGUGGUCAUAUACUUCCAAGGUUUCCGGGUGGAUUUGCCAAUCAAAUCGGCACGUUUCCGUGGUCAAUACAGCAGCUAUCCAAUUAAACUAUUCUACACGAGCAACAUCCCCAUCAUUCUGCAGUCGGCACUGGUUUCCAAUCUUUACGUCAUUUCACAGAUGUUGGCAGUAAAAUUCCACGGUAACCUUUUGGUUAAUCUGUUGGGAACCUGGGCCGACGUGAGCGGGGGUGGACCGGCACGUGCCUACCCGAUCGGAGGUCUCUGCUACUAUCUGUCACCACCGGAGAACUUAUCGCACAUCGCCACUGACCCAAUCCAUGCCCUUCUCUACAUCGUUUUCAUGCUAGGCAGCUGCGCGUUCUUCUCGAAAACCUGGAUCGAUGUGUCCGGCAGUUCGGCCAAGGAUGUCGCCAAGCAGCUGAAGGAACAGCAGAUGAUUAUGCGUGGCCACCGAGAGAACUCGAUGAUCCACGAACUGAACCGGUACAUUCCGACGGCGGCUGCCUUCGGCGGUUUGUGCAUCGGGGCACUGUCGGUGAUUGCUGAUUUCAUGGGUGCAAUUGGAUCCGGAACCGGUAUUCUGCUAGCUGUGACCAUUAUCUAUCAGUACUUCGAGAUAUUCGUUAAGGAACAGAGCGAAAUGGGUGGAAUGGGAACGAUGCUGUUCUAGGUUCGCAGUUUACCUGUAUGUCAGUGUUAGGAUUCGUACUCAUACAGCUUUUUUUGUUGUUGUGAGCGAACGAGAUUCACAAUUUAUCACACACAUCGUUCUGAUUGUACGAAGAAAUGCAGCGUUAUGAUGUAAGGAGUGGACAGGUUUUUCUUAUGUUUGGUUUGUUGUAGAACAAAGACCGGUUCAUUGACUAAUUUAUUAUUUUUUUCUCGUAACCGCCCCACAUACGAUUAGCAGGAAGUUGUGUGUACUAAAGAACGUGUAGAAGGAACUUUAGAAACUUAACGAAUGAAAUAAGCAAUAGGCCGAAUGUCGAAAUGACAGCAAAUACAAAUAAUGUAAUUAAUAGAGAAAGGGAAAAACACAUUGAAGAGAUUUUAAGACUUUUCCUAUUACUAAGAUAAGACAGCAUUUUGUGUUUUGUUCGUUUUGUGAAAAGAACAAUAAAGUAAUGUUUUGAAAAUGAAA